GGUUACUCACUCAUAAACUCUGGGUGAGUGGGAGGGCUUGCCUGAGCUCCACUGUGCACUGGGAAGUUGCGGCAGUGAGGAGAUCAUCACUAAAAGUGCGGACUGUCGACCGGAGCCAGGUGACCGCACCGAGGAGAUGCUGCUAAAACACAACGGGACUCAUCUUCUGCUCACCGUCACCUGCAUGUGCUUCUCAGGAGGUUUGCUUUGGUCCUACCAAGAAGAGGAUGCCACUGACGGUGAGAAAUGCUCGGAAAAUAAUAUUUCUACCACAAAGUACCCCUGCGUGAAGUCAACCGGAGAGGUUACGACGUGUUACAGAAAGAAAUGUUGCAAGGGCUUUAAGUUUGUUCUGGGCCAGUGCAUUCCUGAAGACUAUGACGUGUGUGCCGGCGCCCCCUGUGAACAGCAGUGUACUGACCAUUUCGGUAGAGUGGUGUGUACCUGUUACCCUGGCUACCGCUAUGACCGUGAGCAUCACAGAAGGCGAGAGAAGCCCUAUUGUCUGGACAUCGAUGAAUGCGCAGACAAAAACAUGACUGCAUGCGCUCAGAUCUGCAUUAACUCUGUAGGGAGCUACAGGUGUGAGUGUGAGAAAGGCUACUUCCUGGAAGAAGAUGGAAAAACAUGCACCAAGGGGGAGAGAGCAGUACAUCUCUUUGAGAAGUCCGAUAAUGUCAUGAAUACUGGAACCUGCUCAGCCACGUGUGAUGAUUUCUACCAAAUUAAGAUGUCUGUACUACAGCUUAAACAGAAGAUGGCCUUGCUGCCAAACAGUGCUGGCAUCCCUGAGCAGAUGACAAGUGAAAAAAUCCUGUCACCUAUAUUUUUACCAGGGCCUCCAGGUUCCCCUGGACCUCCAGGAGAUCCAGGACCGGAGGGCCCUCCAGGAAUUUCAGGACAGACAGGGCCCCCCGGCCCACCUGGCCCUCGAGGCUUGAUGGGACCCAUUGGACCCACACCAGACCUGCACCAUAUCAAACGAGGCCCUCGGGGACCUGUGGGGCCUCCAGGAGCACCAGGAAAAGACGGUCUAAAGGGAGACAGAGGAGCUCCUGGGCCUGUUGGACCACCAGGCCCCCCAGGCUCCUUUGAUUUCCUGCUUCUACUGAUGGCAGACAUCCGCAAUGACAUCGCUGACCUGCAGAGCAAGGUGUACGGUCGACCAAUGCACUCUCCAGAGGAGGACUUUCCUGUUGUCCCAGACAGCUGGAGAGAAAACCAGGACCGUUUAGAUACCGGCUCCGGCGAGGACUCUAAGGAAGCUCCACCUCGAACAGGCGGAGGGUCCAAGAGGAAUAGGAAAAGGAAACCAGCGCGAGAGAAAACGGGCUGAACGAACUGGAAUGAAUGAAAAGGUGGUUUUAAAUACUUUGUGUUUGGUGUGAAUGUUGGAAUGGUUUGUCUUUUUAUUUAACUUCUUUUUAAAAAGAACAUACUGUAUGCUGUUUGAUCACAGAUUUUCUAUUUUUGUAUGAUAUGCAACAUAAUGUGUUCUAUUUUUUAACAAAAAUGAGUAGACUGUGCCAACGCAUGUUUAUUUACUGCAUUUUUCAGAAACAUAUUUUCCUUUACACCACAUUAAAGGAGUCUCUCAUAAGAAAAAAAUUCUCAUUACUUCAUAAAAGAUGCAAACAGUGCAUCAGUUUCAUAAUUUUGUGCUUGCAGAGGAACUGAAGUACCAAAAUCCAGAAUUUUAUCUUCUAACAUUAGUGCAUUUAGCUUUCAUCUAUAACACACCCCCCGCUGUUAUUUUUUUCAUUGUGUUAUAGCAAAGUAAUGAUUCAAAUAAAUUUUGGAUAUACUGCUGUAGUCCCCCUUAGCAGCAGUAAUUAAAGCUGCAGCUGAGGAUUAGUGAUUACUGUUUCAAAUGUCAAAAAAUGACAGAGCACCUUAUACAAUAAUACAGCGUCACUCAGGGUGAAGACUUUGCUUAUCUUGUUAAACUUGGAGGAGCUUUUUUUGGUAAUCGGUUUGCAACCUGUAACAGCAUCAGUGUGAGAAGAUGGUUCAAUUUAAAUUUUGUAAAACUUUCCAUAAUCAGUUUCUAGAUCUUACUAAGAAAAGUAAGAUGCUUAUUUGUUAUCAGUGCUUCCUUUAUAGCGAGUAACGUCAUGUGCUGUGGAGUCAGUCGAAGAGCUGCGUUAGGGAGUGUGUAGGGUUGUUUUUGUUUGUUUGUUUAUUUUACCCUGUAACUUGAUCAUAAACUUCUUAAAACUGAAUUACAUCUCCUGUCAUGUGCGCCAGACUUAAGUUACUGUCCCUACAACUGAUUAGUGGCUUGUUUCAAGACUGAGAAUGGACGCCACUGCACUGACAAAAAGAAUAAUAUAACUUUUAACGUUUUAAUUUGUGGGGCUGCAACACUGUAUGUGGACUUGAAAUGUGUUCUGCAAAAUAUACUGUAUGUUGAAAUGAUUGCAUGUCUUUAAAUACUUCAUCCCCUUCGGUCAUGAUACAGGAAAUUUGGUGGGAAAAAAAAUUCAUCUUCUGCCUAACAUUAUCUUUUUAGGUAAGAGAUGCCACAAAAUGAAUAUUAAAGUGCAAUAAAUAACUAUAGAAAGUGAUGCACACAGUUGUGUAUGCGG